AUGGCGGUUACGUUUCAUACUUUCAUAGAGGCAAACCAGUUUGUGGAAACCCUAAUACCUGAGAUUGACUCCUCCUGGGUAGGGAUCAUCCCCGACCAGUCCAUCUUUGAAGUAGGUAUAAUUACGGAUUUUCCCAAGGACUUUAAUAAUCAGGACGUCCUAGAAGGACUUGACUCGCAACCGGCUAAAAUAAUACUCAAAGCGGAAGUUCUCAAAAAGAAAACGAUCUCCUCAGAGGGUGGCGUAACAUGGGAAAGCACAGGAGCUUCUAAAAUCUACUGCAGUACGGAUCUUCCCAAAUCUGUCCACCUUCACUUCAACCUCAGGGAGGUUAAAGAGUUCAUUCCUAAUUGUAAGGUUGAGAGAUGCUUCAAGUGCCAACGUUUCAGACACAUAUACCAGACCUGUCGGCACACGAUCCGAUGCGGGAACUGCGGACAAUCGCACACACAUGAGGACUGUGAUAACUCUCCUAAAUGCGCAAAUUGUGGCGAUCUACAUCAAGCCAGCGAUAAAGUUUGUAUAUUCCACGCAUUCAACCUGAAGCUGAUCAACAUCAAAACCCAACUUGGAAUUGACUUCAAGGAGGCCAAGAACCUUGUCAAGGAGAAUUUCUUAGUGAAAUACAACAUCCUCGUCGAGGAGUCAAAUUUAUUAGCUUCUUCAUCUGAUCUUACGAAUUACUAUAACUCUCUCCUUCCUACUUCUAAGAAAAUUAAUAUAAGGGCCUCUACUCCUGAACAAGAGGUUAAUUUGGAAUCGGAUUCCCCCAACCAGUUCAUUGAACUAUCGUUCCAAGAGGAAAUAAGAAAGUCGGGUUUCGACUAUAUUCAAAAAUUCUCAACGCGUAUGCUGGACCAGCUUUCGGAUAAAUUGGGACCCCAACACAAGGGCUUCCACUCCAAAAGAAUUCAAAUUCCGCAGUUACUGAACCUCUGUGAUAUUCUGUCUAUCUCUGAAACAUUCCUCACGGCCGACUACAAUCUUUGGGUCGGAAUGAAGGGUUUCAACUACGUCAGAAAAGACCGGGAAGCUGGUCGAGGGGGCGGUCUAGUGAUAUACACUCCCGACAGAGUCGAAACCAUCAACCUAUCGAUUAGACUCAACAAUCAAAACCCUAAUAUAAUUAGCUUGUACUUUCCUCCCAAUGUGACUAUUGAUAGGAGAAGUCUUGCAAAAUUCAUAGACGACAUUAGUCUGCUAGAGAACGUCAUCAUAACGGGAGAUUUCAACGCCCACCAUCUUAACUGGGGUAGUGAUCUCAUCAACCACAGGGGCAUACUCCUGGCGGACAUAAUCACCCACUCGAGCCUCAUAAUAGCUAACUCUGGCGAAAGCACAAGAAUUCAUAUCGAGCACAAUAGAAAAAGCGUUCCAGACAUCUCGUUAACAUCCUCAUCUUUAGCUCCCCGUGUAGCAUGGUCCACGUUGAAGGAUUCUCGCCUCAGCCUUCGUUACAUUAACUGGGAUCUCUUCAGGGAGAAUAUGGAGCAACGAGCUUACCAGGACAAUCUCAAUCUCCGGAAUAUCAACGACUCCUACAACUUCUUCAUAGAUUCCAUCAUCUCUGCUGCAAAACAUGCGGGCGCUAUCAUUCCCGAUGACAGAUCUCACAAGCCCCGGAGAACUAACCACUGCAACACUCUCUGGUGGGACAAAGAUUGCAAGAAUAUUCUAUCUUUUCGUAGAGAGGCCAUGAAGAAAUACCUAGCUGACAGCAAUGAUGAAAAUCUAAAUGAGUACUAUGCCAUCGCUAAAAAGGCGUCUCAGACCCUCAAGUCUAAGAGAACUAAGAAUUACAUCGAUUUUUGCAAUAAAAUGAACCCUCACCAGAAAUUAGGGGACAUAUGGAACGGGCUGAAGUGUUUUAAAAACAAAAACCUCAAUGGUUUCCAACCAUCUACCCCUAAUAACCUACACAAUCACAAUAAAGAAGCCUUACGUACCUUAAGAAACAUUUGCCUGCCUCAAUUCAGAAAAACGGAUUUCAAUAUCCAAUACAAUAGGGACUCUUCUCCAAGAUCUAAACAGCUACGAUCUAUUAAAGGAGUUACCGCCCAGAAUAUAGGUUUGUUAACUAAGUAUUUUAACUUGACCCUGGCGUACGGAAUCAUUCCCACAAAAUGGCAAGAACUUAAUAUUGUUCUCAUCCAAAAACCCCACUCUACAAGCUUCAGACCUAUAGCUAUGUCAUCCUGCUUACAAAAGAUCCUUGAGAGAAUCAUCAAUGAUAGGCUUGUUUGGUGGCUAGAGAAUAAGGGAAUCCUCCCCUCCAACUUCGAUGGAUUUAGGAGGGGGAAAUCGUGCCAUGAUUCAAUCAUAAAUCUCCACUUGGAAACCCUAAUUGCGAAACAUCAAGGCUUGACUUCCGGGGUGCUAUUUGUCGAUAUCCAGAGCGCUUACGAUAAUGUCAACUCGGAUUUACUAAUUCAACAUCUGGUAGACCUCAAGAUCCCACAGCACUUAGUUCAAUACGUCUUCAAUUGUUCUAAAAAUAGAAAAAUACAUAGAUACAUUCACAACGAGGAGAUUUUCCAGGGCACCUCUAAUAAGGGUCUGGCGCAGGGUUCAUGUCUCAGUCCCACGCUUUUCAAUAUAUUGUUACUUUUUUCGAAGUAUGAUAUUAGAAUAUUUAAUAAAAGCUACUCCGAAAAUAGGGUCAUGAAGGCUUUGGAGAAAAACCUAAUCCAACUGCAAUCAAAUCUUAAACUUAAUAAGCUAGAAAUUUCGCCAACUAAAACCAAACUGCUUUUUUUCUCCGGGAACAACAAACAUAUUCCACCCAACUCUUGCUAUGUGACUCUUGACAACCAGAAGAUCUUUAAUGGGCUCUAUGCAAUGGGGGUUCACCCCGAAACUAUGCUCAACGUAUACAAAGCCUUGAUCAGACCGGGCCUCGAAUGGGGCAAUUAUCUUCUCCCAGCGGGGAAUCCCAAAAUAUUCCACAAGUUUAAUGUCAUUCAAAACAGCGCGCUGAGAAUGUGCCUGGGUGCACUGAAAACCACCCCCAUUAACACGUUACAUCACCUCAGUGGCAUAGCGAACAUUGGCGGCAGGAUCCAACAACUUACGAAAAGAUUCUUGACGAAAAAAUGCAGUUUUAGGAACAAUUUCACCAUCGGAAAACUGAAAGUCGAAGCCAUGUUAUCGGAUUCGCAAAAUCCCAGACAGAGAGGCAACAGAUCCUCCAUAAUUACUGCGUGCUGGGAACAAAUAAGAUCUAUUGAGAAACUUAUAGAGAAGUCUGACAAAUUAAAUACGUUUAAUAUUAGCUACAGGUCGCAAUUUAGGAAACUGGACAUAAACAUCACGGCCGGUCGUCUACUUCAAAGCUCUACUCACCCGGAACGAGACCUUCAAAAAAUCCUUCGGCAGGAAUAUAAAGACUACGAUCCUAUAUACACGGAUGGUUCAGUGAACCUAGCCAAAAAUGAAUGUGGUCUAGGAGUUUUUCACGAAAAGAAGGAAGCGUUAGCCAUUGCAGAAGCAAUCAAACUAGUUCUUCCAAGGCAAUCGGAAAACAAAAUCGUCAUCUGCUCCGAUUCACUCAGUUGCCUCACCAAACUAAAUCACAUAGGAUUAGACUCUAAUUUGCCUAACACUUUCGCCUUCAUCAAAUCUGAACUGGCUAAGGCCUUUGACAAUGCCCAAAAUAUAAAACUUAUCUGGAUACCUAGCCAUUCGGGAAUCAUAGGUAACGACAUUGCUGAUAGAAUUGCAGUAGCGGCAAGCAAAAAACCAGGCAUACACUACAACCUCAUCCACUCUACUGAUUUAUUCCGUAAAUAUAUGCAGGAAAAAAUCGAAUAUAUGAAAAGUUACAUUAGUGAAUAUGCCUCCGGGCCCUCGGGCAAGGGCAGAGAAUUUAUCACCAACUCUGGACCGUUUAAACUUAAUCCUUUGUUUCGGCAUUCAGGCCUGGAUUGGCGCAGAAUCGGUAUCGUGAACAGGAUAAAGUCGGGCCACACGAAGUGCAAAGCCCACCUCUUCAGAAUGGGAAUAAUUAAUUCCGAAAUGUGCUCGUGCGAAACUAGUCCCCAAACGAUUGAUCAUUUGAUAUGGUUCUGUCCCUGA